UUCUUAAAGAAGAGGUGAAUGACCUAAGUAUCAUUAUGGAAGAUCACAAAAAAGCUUGGAAACAAUAUGGAUGUUCAAUUAUGUCAGAUGGUUGGACAGAUGGAAAAAGUAGGUGUCUUAUCAAUUUUUUGGUGAAUAGUCCUACUGGCACUUGGUUUAUGAAAUCAAUUGAUGCUUCUGAUACAAUAAAAAAUGGGGAAUUGAUGUUCAAAUAUCUUGAUGAGGUGGUUGAAGAAAUUGGAGAGGAGAAUGUUGUGCAAGUCAUCACUGAUAAUGCCUCUAAUUAUGUGAAUGCUGGAAUGAGGCUUAUGGAAAAAAGGAGUAGAUUGUGGUGGACUCCUUGUGCUGCUCAUUGCAUUGAUUUGAUGUUGGAGGAUAUUGGAAAGCUAAAUGUUCAUGCUACUACACUUUCUCAAGCUAGGCAAGUUGUGAAGUUUAUAUAUGGGCAUACUUGGGUUCUUAGCUUGAUGAGAACAUUUACAAAAAAUCUUGAACUUAUUCGUCCAGCAAUUACACGGUUUGCUACUGCAUUUCUUACUCUCCAAAGUAUUUAUAAGCAAAAGCAAGCUCUUAUAGCAAUGUUCUCCUCAGAAAAAUGGUGUUCAAGCACAUGGGCUAAAAAGGUAGAAGGUGUGAAAACUCGAAGUACAGUGUUGUUUGAUCCAAAUUUUUGGCCUCAUGUUGCUUUUUGCAUAAAGACCACUGUUCCAUUAGUUAGUGUCUUGAGGGAGGUUGAUUCAGAGGAAAGACCAGCCAUGGGUUAUAUUUAUGAGUUGAUGGAUUCAGCUAAGGAGAAGAUUGCAUUUAAUUGUGGGGGCAUGGAGAGAAAAUAUGGCCCAAUUUGGAGAAAAAUUGAUGCAAGAUGGACUCCGCAACUUCAUCGACCUUUACAUGCAGCAGGCUAUUAUCUUAAUCCUCAAUUGCGGUAUGGAGAUAAGUUCUCUAAUGUUGAUGAGGUGAGGAAGGGAUUAUUUGAAUGCAUGGAUAGGAUGUUAGAUUAUCAAGAACGUUUAAAAGCUGACAUUCAGUUGGACUCAUAUGACCAAGCAAUGGGUGAAUUUGGGAGUCGUAUUGCAAUUGAUUCUCGAACAUUAAGAAGUCCUACAAGUUGGUGGAUGCGUUUUGGGGGUUCAACACCGGAGUUGCAAAAGUUUGUUAUUCGAGUCCUUAGCCUUACUUGUAGUGCUUCGGGAUGUGAAAGAAAUUGGAGCACAUUUGAAUCGAUCCAUACAAAAAAAAAAAAAAAAGAAAUAGACUUGAACAUCAAAGGUUGAAUGCUCUAAUGUAUGUAAGGUACAACACUAGAUUGAGAGAGUGAAGUCUACAAAGGAAACAAAAUGUUGAUCCAAUCUUGGUAGAGGAGAUUGAUUCUGAUGAUAAAUGGAUUGCGGAGAAAGAAGAUCCCCUCCUCCCCCUUGAUCUUUGUUGGCUUCAAGAUAAUGAAUUAUUCAAUGUUGAUGCCAUUAGAGUUGUGUCAUCCAACUCCCAAGAGACGCAAGCAUCAUCGGAUCAUAUGGUUUCUUCACAUUCC